GAGCCUUCUGCCCAGAGCCCCAUGAAGCUGAUGGCCCUGCAGCUGCUCCUCUGGCACUGCGUGCUCUGGAUGGUGCACGAAGCCACCCCCCUGGGCCCUGCCCGCUCCCUGCCCCAGGGCUUCCUGCUCAAGUGCUUAGAGCAAGUGAGGAAAAUCCAGGCUGAUGGCGCCGAGCUGCAGGAGAGGCUGUGUGCUGCCCACAAGCUGUGCCACCCGGAGGAGCUGGUGCUGCUUGGGCACUCUCUGGGCAUCCCCCAGGCUCCCCUGAGCAGCUGCUCCAGCCAGUCCCUGCAGCUGACGAGUUGCCUGGACCAACUGCACAGCGGCCUCUUUCUCUACGAGGGCCUCCUGCAAGCCCUGGCGGGCAUCUCCCCAGAGCUGGCCCCCACCUUGGACACACUGCAGCUGGACAUCACCGACUUUGCCACCAACAUCUGGCUGCAGAUGGAGGACUUGGGGGUGGCCCCGGCUGUGCAGCCCACCCAGGGCACCAUGCCAACCUUCACCUCGGCUUUCCAGCGCCGAGCAGGAGGGGUCCUGGUUGCUUCCAAGCUACAGAGUUUCCUGGAGCUGGCAUACCGUGUCCUGCGCUACCUUGCUGAGCCCUGA